UCGAUCAAAUCGGUCGUGACUACGUGUGACAGUGGUGAUCUGUGCUUUGGUUGUUUCCCACAUCAAAAAAUUGCGGAUCUGUCAAAUAGGAUCUAGUUGCUCCGAAACAUAUGUCGAGUAAGCAGUGUCAUGUUCGUAUAGCGUGGCUCGAGAAUCCGUUUUCUGUUGGUACCGGGUUUGAUAUUGUUGUAAGACGAAAGUUGUUCUAGUUAAUUCAAGUUAAAUAUAAAAAUGAGUAUGAAUAUGCAACUUGCGAUCAUGUACCAUAGUGGAUACCGUAGUGUGUGGUGAAUACGCGAGAAGUAAACAGUUGCAGUUGAUUAUAAUCCAUUGGACGUCGCAAUGGUGUGCGUCUAAAUUGCGCUUUUGAGCUUGUAUUUAAGUAAGUAACAAGUGAAAAAAAGAUUGCGUAACAGCAAAAAGUGAAACGUUAAAAUACAUAGAGUUUUAUUUCUCGCAAAAAUUGACUAAACAACAUUAUGUAAAAAGAAAAGAAAAUAAGCGAUAUGGUUUCUUUGGGCCUCUUGGAAUCAAAUUUUGACGUAGAAAGAAGUCCUGAUAGUACACACGCAAUGUAACUUUUAAAUGUGCGUUUGCAAUAUAUUAAAUAUUUUAAAAUUUAUCAUGUAAUCAAAGAGAAACAAGUAAGUAGUAAGUAAGUUAUAUGUCGAAUGAAAAUUAAGUGAACAAGUGUGUUUUGCAGCACGGUUAUUUACGUGUUAUACCAAAAACAAACAUUGAGAAAAACACAAAAAAAAACGAAUAAUUUCCUAUGAUCGCUUUUAAAAAGUCGACAAUAAAUUUUUUCCUUAUUACACCGGUCAUUAAAGAACGGAAACAAACCGCAGCUGCGAGUUCGUGCAUUGUUCCAUGCGUAGUAAGCAACAAGCGUUAAUACACCUUGAAGAGAACGUGCACCAAUCGCAAUUAUCUAGGUCCGGCGCUCUGCUCGGCAACCAUCUUCAGAAGUUGGUCCACGCGAGCAAAGAGCUAUCGACUGUGAAGACGAGGCCGACAACACCCGUCCUGGCGAACGACGGAGGGGGCGGCUUCUGGCUGGCCACGGUGGCCGCGGGGGCGAGUACCCCAGCCGGGCUGCCCCCGCACGGGACCCAUCAUCCAGCCAUGGAUCCAACAUGCGGAUCCGCCGAAACUGGCUUUAUCAACACCCAACCGUCCAUGGCCGAAUUUAUGACGGCGUUGCCGCAAUUAGCCGGGGACAGCAGCCUACAACACUCACCGGGAACCGGUGGGUCCAUCAGUCCCGGUGGUCAUCAUCCCGCAUACCACACCAUGAUGGAUCCCCACAGUGUCGCUGACCCCUCAGGUGUCAAUGUUCCUGAAUAUCCCUGGAUGAAAGAGAAGAAGACCACCAGAAAAAGUAAUCAGCAAGAAAAUGGCUUGCCAAGAAGAUUGCGAACAGCCUACACGAAUACGCAACUUCUCGAGCUGGAAAAAGAAUUUCAUUUUAACAAGUACCUUUGUCGACCACGAAGGAUAGAGAUCGCAGCUUCAUUGGAUCUUACAGAAAGACAGGUGAAAGUUUGGUUCCAAAAUCGACGAAUGAAGCACAAACGACAAACUCUGAGCAAAGAAGAUGGAGACGAGAAAGACGGCUCUACUUCGGACGGAAUGGAGAAAACCAAGAGCGACAAAAUGUUAUCUGGCGAUAAUGACGAGAAGAAAAGCUGUCAUAACUGUGAUAUCUCGGGCGUGGGUGAUGUUGGGAGUACUCUAACCGGUGACGUUACCGAGUUGGGUUCUUCCGGCCGAAGAAACAGUAACAACAAUAACACACCGGGUGCGACCAACAACAAUAACAAUAAUAACAACAGCAAUUCCGGUUUUAACACGAACAGCAACGGCGCCAGUAGCGUCGGCAGUACCAACAGUGUGUCCAGCUCGUUCGAGAAGAUGAUAGUGGACGACGACUCGAGGUCGCAGGAUGGUAGUGAAGUGACAUCGCCCAGCGUGACGAAAAAAUUGUCGGGCGAGGUGAGAGUGAAGGUCGAGAGCGGUCACAAAAGUCCGAAUGCAGCGAAGCAGCAGCAGCAGCAGCAACAGCAGCAGCAGAUCUCAGUAAGUAAGAAAUCGCCGUCGGCCAGUACGAAAGACAUGUGCUCGGUGAACAGCAACGGCGUGUUGCUGGCUAUGCCGGAUUCAACGGUCAGUACGCCGGUGCUGCCCGGUCAGAAUUCCACGCGAAGUCUCACGCCCUCUUCCACACCCGGCACCCCGGUUUCCGUCCAGCUUCAGCAGGGCAGUCCUCUCGGUAUUCAGCAACCGACUCACACGGCAUACAUGCAGAGACCGCGAAGCUCGCCGUCGUCCACGACUUCGCUCUCGGGUCCGAUGUUGCACGCGUCCACGAAUCCAGGCACGAUGUCGCCGCACGGCGGUCGAAAUAUCUCCAACAAUCAGCAAACAGCGCAUUUUCAACAACAGAACGUGUAUCAGCCCGCGUCGGCGAUCGAUUAUCGAAACGGCGUGCCCGCCAACAGACAGAACAUACCCGCGGCGGCUCAGCAACCUCAGUCGCAGAACAAUUACUGCUCCAGAGACACUUAUCAGCAACCGAGAAUCUCUUACUCGAGCGAAGUGAAUUCUUUGUAUGUUAGACAAAAUCAAGCGGUGGGAUCGAGGAUGACACAUCAUGUCAGAGCGACCGGCACCGUGUCCAGGUCGAUGUACGGUGCUAACAUGCAAUUUCACCAGCAGCAGUUGCAGUACGGCAGCACCGGAGAAUACAACGGGUAUCCCCAGUCCGGACCGCCUUAUCACGCUUAUCACCGAGGUAUGCAAGGUGCCAACGCCUACAAUUCCGGUCAGGGAUACUCGGCGGCGCAGAACGAGCAGGGUAGCGACGGCUACUCAAUGGCGCCUGGAAAUUACGGUUACUCAACCGGCGGCAAUUAUCACGGAGCCAGCGAGAAUCUGACGACGCAUGGUCACGCCGCGGUUUCCGUCCAGACCGGACAGCAUUACUUCAACGACAUUCAGCAGCAGCAGCAACAUCCGCAGCAACACACCGCCGAAGGCUACGUGACUCAUCAGCCGCCGAUGCAUCCCAGUUCCGGUGAUUACCGGCCGGGAAACAAGUGUCAUCCGAGCGCGUAUUACGAGCAGACGACCGCUCAGUUGCACGUACAUCAGGGCGGAGAGGCCUCCAACAUUCCGAACAGCUACGUCUCGUCGCCGGAUCCGUUCCCAGCGCCCGGCAUGACAACGACCGCGACCGCGAUCGCGGCUGCCACCGCGGCGGUGAUCACGCCGCCCGGAAGCACCGGCCAGGUCGAUGGCAACAACGAGUCUUACGGCAAUUACGGUAAUUUCUACGGGGAAUCGGUGCACUCGGCCGCGGCGGCGGCGCCGCCGCCGCCGUCCGCCGACAACAGCAACAGCUCGUCCGACUUCAAUUUCCUCAGCAACCUGGCGAACGACUUCGCGCCCGAAUAUUACCAGCUCAGCUGAGUCCACGAGUCCGAGAAUAUCUGCCAAUUGGACUGGGGCGACGAGCAAUGCCUGCUCAACGCUUUGUACUAAAAAUCACACUCCGUUAUCGUGAUCGCCAUCGUAAGAAAUUUACGUGAUUUUGUAUAUAUUUAGUGAUUUACAUAGGACCUAUGUGCAAAUGUGGAAAUAUUGUGUAUAAAUGAAAAUCGCGUCGGGUUAGAAAUGUCGUUAAACAGUGCGCGCGUAUUUACGUAAGUUUUAUCACUCGACAUUAGGUAAAACAUUCGAAAUAAUUUUCUUUUAUGUGGAAAAUGUGUUCGGAAUUAUUUUCGAAUAAGAUCGCAAACGGUGGCAAUGAGAACUGAUUUUUAGAACAAUUGACAAAUGUCCAAACUGGUUUUUUCCCCCACAAAACAAACAUGUCUCAGGAGUAAUCCAGAUUGUCGGAGAAAUUAUCGACUAAUUAUUGUUGGCGUUUCAUUGUAUUAAUUUUAUUAUUUCUUGUCGACUUCUUAAAAACCUUACUAUGAUUUCACAUUCCAAAUCCGUGAUAAUCGUUCCGAAAACACAUACACAGUGACCAGCAAGUGCAAUAGUUGUGGUAAUUUUAAAUUAGAACACGGAAAGGUGCAUAUAGAGUUUUCUUCUGAGAUAACGCACCUAACAGAGUUUCUUAAAAUGUUUGCACACAAAAAUCAUCGCCAACAUUUCGAUAUUAAUAAUAAAAUGCGCUUAAUUACAGAGUGAUUUACAAGUGAUAUGUUAGACUGAUGUACACGCGAAACUGUGGUUUUCAAAUGUGUGUGCACAAAUAAUAUUUGUAAAUAUAUGUCAAAAUUGAUUGUUGCACACAGAACAAAAAUUUCGGAGUUCACAGAUUUUCAUAAACGCGAGAUGUAAGUGCAAUCUUCUUAGUGCGCGAAACAGAUGCAAAUUUACACUUUAUAGAGCACUGACUUUUGGCGUCCGCUUCCUGUCUUUUUUUUUUUUUUUUUUACUUUUUCUUAAUCAGUUUUUAAUCAGUUUUACUUCUAAUUAUAUUAUAUUGACAAGUAUAUUGAUACUCAAAUUCAAAAUUGGCACACAGCUUGAG